UGGUAAGUUACUCAGAAACGCCUAUGAUGGAAAUACGGUGAUGGCUAUGGUACUCUUUUCCCCGACGCCUUAGCCCAAUUACUUAUGCACCUGACCUAUCACUGAACACUAUGUUUACAGGACUGUACUGAUUUGCCUUUUCUUUCCAAGGACCUACAGGAUAUUGACUACCAGCUUUAGAUCACUUGGUCUGCCAUAGUAUGUCCGUGAUCGCGAUCGUACGUGGGGGCGUAAUAAUAACUGACAUGCACGGAUAAUAGGUCAGUCAUGGCGAAUCAUCAAGAUCAUUUGCCUAACAAUAUCUGGGUUAUUCCGGGCGUUGGCUUCCAGGCAACAGAUCCCGGUAUGGGUUAUCACCAGGGCCUGGAGCAGGGCCUGGGGCAUCAGAAUCUCUUCAACCCAGGCUUUCCAAAUUCGGAACUAAUCGGACAUGGUAACAAUUUCGAUGUCGCCGCCGAUAUUCCUUAUGCAAUGCUCCACAAUGCGACCCAGCCGGAGGUAACUAUUCAGAAAUAUACCCUUGGGGGGGAUGACCGAACAGCCGGGGGUGAGUCAUGCUUCAGCCUGAUUGAUGAUUCGAAGCUACGCCUCGUGUCGGGCAAUUGUUGUUGCCGCCUAAAAUAGUAUACCAAGCUAACAAGUAUAAAACCCCUAGACUCCCGGAAACCUCGAUCCGCGAUGGGUGAAGCUCACUUGCGUGACGACAACUGGACAUAUGCAAUUGAAGUUUCUCCAGCUAUUGAUGUUUUACCUGGUCACCACUUCGUCAAGAACCACGUCGCUGCCAUCCACAA